AGUGAGAAGCGACUGCCAAUGUCGGACUACUCACUUCGUCAAUAAAUUUGUAGUUUUUUAUUUUACAAUAGGAUUUUUUUUCAAUGUUCGACACAAUGGCAAACAAUUUCACAGACGAGAGCGGCCCGAUGGCCUAUCCAUUCAAAAUGGUCUCCCAGGAAAUAACGGAACACAUGCUAGGAUGGAACGUUCCAGCAGAACAUCAGGACAUGGUCCACGACCACUGGAGGAGCUACCCAGAUGUCAGCAAGUACUGGCACUACUGCCUCGCACUUAUUUACACCAUGCUCUUUGUGCUCUCAAUCUCUGGCAAUGGAAUUGUAGUUUGGAUAUUCAGCACUUCAAAAUCACUGCGAAGUGCAAGCAACAUGUUUAUCGUUAACUUGGCGUUAUUCGACCUGGUGAUGAUGGUUGAAAUGCCAUAUCUUAUUGCCAACUCGUUCACCGGAAGGAUGUUGGGUUGGCAGACGGGAUGUAAUCUGUACGCAGCUAUUGGCUCCGUGUCUGGUAUUGGAGCUGCCAUCACCAACGCAGUCAUCGCCUUCGACAGAUACAAAACAAUUUCAUGCCCCAUCGAUGGCAGAAUCAACAAAGUCCAGGCCUUAAUUAUGAUCACUUUCACGUGGUUCUGGACUGUGCCAUUCACAGUAAUGCCCUACUUCCAAAUCUGGGGAAAGUUUGUUCCCGAGGGUUUCCUGACCACCUGCUCCUUUGAUUUCUUCACUGACGAUCAAGACACAAAGGUUUUCGUCGCUUGCAUCUUCACUUGGAGCUACGUUAUACCGAUGACGCUUAUCUGCUUCUUUUAUUCUAAACUCUUCAGUGCUGUUCGCCUUCACGAGAAAAUGUUGCAAGAGCAGGCAAAGAAAAUGAACGUAAAAUCACUAGCGUCCAACAAGGAAGAUGCCAGCAAGAGCGUUGAGAUCAGAAUCGCGAAGGUCGCUUUCACAAUCUUCUUCCUUUUCGUCUGCGCUUGGACUCCUUACGCCAUUGUUGCAAUGAUCGGAGCUUUUGGAGACAGGUCUCUGUUGACUCCGAUUGCAACCAUGAUUCCUGCCGUCUGCGCCAAGAGCGUUUCCUGUAUCGACCCUUGGGUUUAUGCGAUCAACCACCCAAGAUACAGGGCUGAGCUAGAGAAGCGUCUUCCAUGGAUGGGUGUUCGUGAGCCAGCUCCGGAGACACAAUCAACUAACGCCAGUACAGCCACGUCCCAGUCUCAGCCAGCUGAAGCGUAAAUCUGGUACCAAAUACGACAAUACAGCAUUCACACGGACUCCUGAUGAAGCGAUGCAACAUGUACAAACAUUAUUAAGAUUCUAAGAGACUAUUUAGCUGGCAUUUUGAAUGUAACGAACUUGUUAUUAAGUUUAUUCAAUUGAAAAAAUGUGAGCAUAAUACGUGUUAAUACAGUUGCAUCAUUAGGAUAAAAAGCGCAAGAAAACAGAAUCCGAUGUAUUUUUAUAAGCAGAGAUUGGAGCGUGUUGCAUAACAUUUAUUUGUAGAUAUUUAUUUAAAAUUUACAUUAGUUGUAAUAGAGAAUGUAAGCGUUCUUUGAACUCAUUUAUAUUUAGAAGCAUCGGAUCAAAAAUAAAAAAAAAAUAACUGGACUGAACACGACGACUAUGGCGAAAUUGUUUGUAAGCAAAUAAAUCUGUUAACAGAGA